ACUGUGAGCGGCUGGCUCUCUGUGGGGCUCUUUAUCAUGCCGAACUGAUUCCUUUCUCAGACUUUGUGGACUAUUUUAACCCCAUCAUUCAAACCAAACAUUUUACUGUGAGGAAGCUCCUGCUUUAUAUUUUGAUUUUUGUUUUGGGUUUGGAGUGACGGACCCUAUGUGACGGACCUGCGCCGGCUGAGGCGCUCCGGGGCCAAACAAUACUAGAUCACAACAAAGGACACAAGAUGACAGAGGGCCGUGUGUCUCAGAUUCACCUCCUUGGCGGCAGGAAGCUGGAGCUGUUGGUUCAGCCUAAGCUAUUGUCUCGAGAGCUGUUAGAUCUGGUGGCGUCUCAUUUUAACCUAAAGGAGAAGGAAUAUUUUGGGUUGUGCUUCGAAGAUGACAACGGCCAGAACAACUGGCUCCAGCUGGAUCGUAAAGUGCUUGACCAUGCCUUCUCCAAGACUUCGGGGGAAUUAGAACUCAAGUUUCUUGUGAGGUUUUAUGUCGAGAAGAUCACGCUGUUGAAAGAGAAUACAACGGUGGAGCUUUUCUUCCUAAAUGCUAAAACUUUAGUGUUUAAUGAAACAAUUGAAGUGGAGAGCGACAAUAUUUUCAAGUUAGCCGCCUUUGCGUUGCAGGAGGCAAAGGGAGAUUAUACCAGUGCUGAGACUGCAGUGUCAGACCUGAAGCAGCUACCAGUUCUGCCCACCAGAGUACUGAGGGAGCAUCCUUCACUUCAUUACUGCGAAGAGAGAGUGAUUGAACACUACAAGAAACUGAAGGGAGUGACCAGAGGACAAGCCAUCGUAAAAUAUCUGGCCCUGGUGGAAUCUCUGCCCACAUAUGGAGUUCAUUUUUAUCCUGUGAAGGACAAGCAAGGAAUACCUUGGUGGCUUGGAGUCAGCUAUAAAGGCAUCAGCCAGUACGAUUUGCAGGAUAAACUGAAACCAAGAAAGUUGUUUCAGUGGAAGCAGUUGGAGAAUUUGUACUUCCGUGAAAAGAAGUUUGCAGUAGAAGUGAACGACCCACACAGAAGAACAGUGACCAAGCGAACAUUUGGACAAGCCGGCCUGGUUAUUCACUCCUGGUAUGCCAGCCACUCUCUGAUCAAAACCAUCUGGGCAAAUGCCAUUAGUCAGCACCAGUUCUACCUGAACAUGAAACAAACCAAAGUCAACAUGACCACAACUAGAAGCUCAGGAGACAUUGCAGUGGACCUCACUGCGAUCAGCGCCCCAAGGAUCAGUAAACUGUCCAGCAUUGAGAACAAUGAUCUGCUCAUCAGAGCCAGUAAUGGCAGCCUCAUUUCAACUGGUUCUGCAGACUCAGAAGUCAGUGAAGAGCAGAAGAAAGAAAAGAUUGCUGAAUUAAAAAAGAAGCAAAAGGAACUUCAGGAUAAACUGACACAGAAACUUGAAGACCUAAAACGUAUCUGCAUGGAUGAAGCUAAGCUCACAGGCAAACUGCCAAAAGAAUAUCCCUUGGCCACGGGUGAGAAAGCUCCUCAGGUGCCUCGCCGUGUUGGGACAGGUUUCAAGUUGGAUGUUCCGAACCAGCAUCAUGAGGACCCAUAUCUUAGAGAUCUGGAGAGCGAGCGUGCAACACAGCAGAAGAUUGUAGAGGCAGCCGAGAAGCUUUUACAGGAAGAAGGCCUCGACAAAACAGUGAAGAGGAAAAGAAAAAAUAACUUCCUGGACUCUCGGAAGAAACUGUUGGACAUUGAGAAAGAGAUAAACAGCUAUAAGAUGCAAGCAGGAAGGAAACCUACUCAGAGAUCCUCACUCACCUCAGCAGAUGAUGCCCAACGCUCAGACCUCAGCUCUCUGUCUGACAGCCUUACUCUAGAUGAUGAUGAUGAACUGGGUUCACACAGGGGGCGGUCUCAAUCGGCCCAGUAUUCCCCCAAGCUCUACCAUGCAGAAACUCUGGGCAUUUCUUACCACAAUAACCGACGAGCCUCUGCUAAUGACCAGCUGUCAGAGAGAAGGUUAAAUUAUGACCAAGUCCAGGAAUCCCUGUACUACAGUCCCACAGAUGCCUUACCAGGCUUCAACAGUCCCCACAAACUGUCGUCCAGACAGCCCUCUGAUGCCCGCAGCAUGCCUCCCACCCCUCUCCUCACCCGCAACGCCUACAGCAGCACACAGCUAAGAUCGGAGGAUGUUCCACAACAUUUCCAUCAGAGGAGCGGCAGCCUGGAGUCUCUGUCUCGGCUCCUGAACGAGACCAAACCGCCAGUACCUCAGAUCACCGUUAACUCAGCCCGACGCUGCAACAGUACAGAACUCAUCGACGAAUGCUCGUCGCACACCAGUCAGUCCAGCAUGGAAUACAGUGCACCCAGCAACCACACCCACAGGCCAAGAGUUCGUGGCCGACACAGAAAAGACCUUUACGCCAACACUGGCAGCAUGCCUAACCUGGCUCAGGCGGACACCCGCUGCUAUGCCUACCAGCCUCAAGGGCGACCCACCACUACGGCUUAUUACGUCACCGGCUAUCCCAGCCACCCGGAACCACAACCGUACUCCAGCCGACCUUACGUGUACGAGGAUGAAAUGGAGGGACACUACAACGUCAACCCUGCCUACCGCCGCACACAGGCAGCUUUCUACAGUCGCGACAUCCACUCUCAGUACUCGUCAGACAUGGUAGACGGCGUUUCUCAGAUAUCUUAUGCCACACUACGGCUGCCCAGGAACCGCCCGGUACACCGCAGCACUGAGCAGGUCAGCAGGAACAUCAAGAAAGCACUGGUGGCAGAACACCUGAAGGGCUGGUACCAGCGUAACGCUCCACAGAAACAGGGGAUGUACAACUGCGAGCAUGACAGAGGCUCACAGCAGAGCCUGAGUUAUCAGACUAUGCCUGCACCUUAUUCUCAGAAUCGCAGGAACAUGUGUUACUCUACAGUGUCAUCAGCCUCCUCCAGUGGAAACUGGCCCAUGAGUAAUUGUGGUAUGUCAGAUUAUGACAUGUCUGUGCACGAGACGCUCUCCUACUCAUACAGCGCAGCCUCCCACAGCCACCCACUCCACAGCAGAUCUGCCACCUCCCAGCUUUUAAAAGGUAAUUGGUACAGUCCUGAUGGACAGAGGCGCUGUACUUUUCUCCCCACUAGUCCCUCCUCUUCCUCCAGCCCCCCUUCAGAUUCCUCCAUACCCUCCUCUUCCUCUUCCCCCGGCUGUCGGUUCAGGCAGGUGUUUUCUGGCCAAGCACAGCAACAGCUCUCCAGGGGCCACAGGCUUAUUAAGGUGCCUUUUGCAGAUGGUAAAUCAUAAUCCUACGUAGACGUGAGCCACAUGGACUCUCAAAUGAACAACCAAACCCGUAUGGAGCCAGAGGAGCAGAUUUGCUGGCUUGAAAGCCCCAAACCAGGAACUAUUGUCUAGCUGGCUGUCGUGCUGAGCAGGAUUUUUUUUGGCGUGGACUAGCUUUCACUGUGCCUUACACUGCACUUACUGGAUUAGUUUGUUUUUUUUAUCUUCAGAGGACUUAACGAGUGAAGGAACUUAAUGGAUUGGAACAAAUGAAGGGCUCUCAGUUUUGUUUUUUCUCUUGAAUGCAGUUUUAAAAAACUGAAAAUAGCCUCUGUUGAAGUUGGAGUGUCUACAUGUGUUUGUGAUGUUAUCAUCUCUGCACUGAAACUACACCUGCUGUGGACUGCAUGUUUCAGCCAAAAUGUUUGCCUCCAGAGACCCCAACUUCACACAGAUCGUCUCUACAAAGAGGAACUCGAGCGAUUACGAACAAAAAUGGCCAUCUCCCUUUUCUGUCCCUGAAAGUCCUGUAUGAACACUGGAACCAUGAAGGAGGUCAAAAAUGAAGGAUUGAACUCAUUAAAAUAAGUUAAUAGAGAGGCUACUUUAUCCAGCAGCCACUCAACCUCCAAUUUGGUCUUUCUUUUUAUCACUAAAUACAAAGUGAGCCAGAUUUGUUGCACCAUGUGAGUAUUACAGCAGGUCACCAGUUAGAUUACUGCCACUACAGUUUUCUGUUUGUUAUGAACUCGAUAUUUGAUCCAUGCUGGAAAUCAUGGGCCGGUGCUCGUCUUUUCUCAUUAGAGAAUGAACCUUUAUGUAAGUGUUGUUUUUUUUGUAAAUACACUGGUUCUCUCCUUUUUUUAUAGAGCUUUUUUUUUAUAUAAUUGA